AAGUAUUAUGACCGAUUGCAACUAUACCAACACGUGGUAGUCGAGGUUCACACACGUAACAAUGUAAACAAAAAACAACAGUCACUAAAGAGAAACUUUGCAACACCCAACUACCCACGCGCCGAAUGCAAUAUUACCAUCUAUGCCCUUAAUCACCACCCCUCCCCCCUAUAAAUCUCCGAUCGCUUGUUCCACUCUAUGUGCAAGAUAAAACUCUUCCUUUUCCAUUGUUUCCAUCAUUUUCAACUCAGUUCACGAAGGAAACCAUAUUUCUCUUUAAAUGGAAGGUUCCAGCUCAAACAACAUGGCAGGACAAUCCCUCAACUGGAGGACCCAAAUUUCUCAAGAAGCUCGCAAUACGAUAAUCGAGAUGACGAUGGAAAAGCUUCUGGAGGAAUUUCCAAUAGAUUUUCCUGGAAGAAUGAAAAUGAUUCAGGAUAAUGCUACUAAUGAAGAGGACAAAACUUACAUGGUUGCUACCAGCAAGGCAGACUAUGUGUUGAGGAUUGCACUGCAAAUGGUUAACUCCAAAAGCAAAAGGAACUCUAAUCCACUACUUCCACAAGACUCUAGCACUCCUGUCAAUCUGCAACGGCAGCAUAGGGUUGCAGGUCACAACAAUGGGCUUGUAAUAAUGCAACCACAUCAUAAACAAGCUUCAGAUGGCAUGGUUAUGACAAAAGAUGAUGCAGGCCACAUGUUGGAUCAAGGAAGCUCGAUAAAUACGAGGAAUGGGAGCAUCGACAGAAUCAGCAAUCUUCCUAAUGAAUUGCUAUACGCCAUAAUGUCCACCUUACCAGCUUUGGAGCUUGUGUACACAGGCAUGUUAUCCACACGAUGGAGACAUCUUUGGACCUCAUCAGCAUACCUGAACAUUGAUGUAAAUCAGUUUGGAAGGCAUAGAGGCCAGAAGUUCUGCAACUUUGUCAACCGAAUGUUGCGCCAACGUGGCUCUUCUUUGUUGGAUGCUUUGCGCCUCCACUCUGCAGAUACAAGAGAUGCUGGCUCUUGGAUAACAUAUGCUAUUAAGAGAAGCAGUAAAGUGGUUGAGUUUUCUGAAGAUAUAGAUUGUGAACCUUUCAAGUUGGACUAUGGGGUUGUGGACUUCACUUCUAUAUGCCUGAAAUUUUUGGUCCUUAACAAUGUUUGUAUUGAUGCCAAUGUCUUCUAUCCCAUCAACUCUUCAUGCCCAGCACUAGAAAAUUUGGAGCUUAGGGACUGCUCUUUGGAGGUCCCUGAAAUCUCAUCUGGUUCUUUGUUGCACCUAGAUAUCGAUAAUUGUUGUCUAUUUGAAGAUCUUCUCAUAUCUAGUUCAAGUUUAAUGUCUUUGUGCAUAAAGAACCCUCAACACAGAGCUCCUAUGAUCAUGACAUUGCCAUGCCUGGAGGUGGCAAUAGUUAUACUUGAUGAGUUUUUUCAUUCUACUGAUGAUUUAGCGGACAUGGACGAGGGGGAAGAACAAGAUGGGGAAGAGAUCAACCAUGGUAUAGUUAGUGGCCUUACAAAGGCAAGAAGCAUCGAGUUGAUUGCUCCCCUAAGAGAGGAUAAAUUUGAAAUGGAAAUUUGGACAAGCCCAAUGUUCGACAACUUAAUAAGCCUGACUCUUGGUGAAUGGUGCAUGUCCAACGAAUUCUCUCCCUUACUCCACUUCCUUUGGUACUCACCACUGCUAGAGGAUCUCACUUUGAAGCUCAAUAUGGAAGUGUGCGAAUAUUGCCUCCAAGAGCCACCCACGGCACCCCCGCUGGUUAAAGAAUUUACCGCUGAUUACCUUAAGAAGAUCACAAUCUAUUUCUGGUUAGGUGAUGAAAGGGUUAGUAAAUUACUCACGUUGUUGGCUCCAAUCUGCAAAUCCCUUGAGGAUAUUAAGCUCAUACCAUCAACACCACCUGGGGUUAGAGCAUUCGUAUCAAGGGUGCAAAGAAUUAUAAAGUGAUGAAGCGCAUGGAGCAUUGAAUCUACCAAGCUCUCCCAUGAUCUUGCUGCAGUUACAUCCAAAUAUUUGCUUAUUUAGUUAUUUUCAGCCUUAUGUAUGUUGAGAACUUAUUGUGUGAUGACAUAAUAAUUAAACUACCAGUGAUAAGCUACAUGCAUGUUUGAUUGCA